AUGGACAUAUCUGAUGUGAGGAAAAUAAUCAUCGCCGUGGACUUUGGAACCACCUUCAGUGGAGUGGCAUGGGCCCAAACUAGCCACCCAGAUGUACACUACCUCAUCAACCAGUGGCCGGAUGUCGCCUCUUCCACAGCUAUCGGUGGCAUGGCAAGCGAAAAAGUCCCAACUGAGGUUGCUUACGAGUACAAGAGAUCCUCCAGAUCCGAGUCAUCUGAACCAAAGCUAGUUUGGGGUUUUCAAAUUCCCGCUAUCAUGCCGCGACUCCAAUGGAUAAAGCUUGGCCUGGAUCCUUCGCAAGUGCAGAAGACCACGAUGAACUCAGACUGCCGUAAUGCCUCUCUUCCCCAUCAUACAACCACUGAGGGUGCCGUGACAGACUACUUGACAUGCUUGAGGGAGCAUGUGGUCAGUCUUAUCGAAUCCAGAGUUGGCUCGUUAUUCGAAAAAUUUUCCCUCGAAUAUGUCAUAACCGUCCCUGCCAUAUGGUCAGAUAAAGCCAAGAUGGCAACUCUGAGUUGCGCCAAAGAAGCUGGAUUCGGAGAGCCAUCGCAGAUUCACAUUGUCUCUGAGCCAGAAGCAGUCGCCAUCCACGCUCUGAAGGCUUCAAACCCCCACGGCAUCGAAGUUGGAGAUACCAUUGUCAUAUGCGACGCUGGCGGUGGUACGGUGGACUUGAUAACCUUCACAGUGACCCAGUUAAAGCCCCACUUGCGUCUGAAGGAACAGGCCCCCGGCACUGGAGCGCUCUGUGGAAGUACCUUCCUCAAUAGGCGGUUUGAAGGAUUCCUGAAGGAACGACUGUCGUCCAUUGAAGAAUGGGAACAUGACACUCUGGAAGAGGCCAUGGGUCGCUUCGAGCUAGUUGCUAAACGUACCUUUGCAGGGAACCCGGAUGAAGACUUCAUGAUUCCGGUCCCAGGACUGGCCGACAACAAAGAGAAAGGCAUACGACGAGGCCGGCUCCGCGUUACCGGGAAAGAAAUGAUUGAUAUAUUUCAACCAGUUCUCCAGGAAGUGCGUGAUUUAGUGAGAGGCCAGGUUAAUGCCUCCAGAACAAAGGUGAAAGCUAUCUUCCUGGUGGGAGGAUUUGGACAGAACCCUUACCUUCGCAAACCCCUCCUGGAAUCAUUUCCCGGUAUCAGGGUCCUAGCACCCGUCGAUGGAUGGACUGCUGUUGUUAGAGGAGCUUUGACCAAAGCAAUGAUGGAUGCUUCUCCUUCAACCACUGCACCCUUGGUGGAAUCCCGUGUUGCCCGCAAGCAUUAUGGGAUGAUAAUAGGCACCAAAUUCAUUGAUGGUCUACAUGAUAAGAAGAAGAAGUAUUGGGACUUCUACAGGGGGGAGUAUCGAAUCCAAGUGAUGGACUGGUACAUUCGGAAGGGCGAUGAUAUCAAGGAGGACAGUCCCAUCAAGACUUCCUAUUAUCAAGUCCAAUCUGCUGAAGAUGGUCCAUUUGAAGCGAUCCAUACGAAAUUCUACGAACUAGAUUCUUCGGAGCCAGCACCUCUCUAUUUUGAUCGCCGGAUGAAAACGCAUGCGGUUUUACAUCCAAGCCUUGACUGGAUUGAACAAAGUCGGAUGCCUACUUGUUUUGGAAGUGAUGGUGCAAAGUAUUACAAGAUCGACUUCAAGAUCCACGCCUCUUACUUUUCUGCCCAUUGCGAAUAUUCGCUCUGGUAUAAGGGCACGAACCACGGGAGCGUCAAAGUGGACUACGUUUGA